GCCAGGUCCUCUUUUUGCGUCUCAUAUAUAUAUACAUAUAUAUGGUAAACGCUGGAUUUACAGCCAGCCGCCGAGCGUUGCGGUCGUCAAUCAUGUUUCGAUCCAUUGUGGGCGGAUGCUUGCUGUUCUGCGCCCUGAUUGCUUGGAGCGGCACUCUCUUCUACUUGCAGGGCGACUCGCUGACGGCCUGGCUCGACUCGGCCGGCACCCGGAACUCCGGAAUCAUGUCCAUGGCCUACGACGAGCAGCAGCCGGAGCUGGAUUACGAGCCCACGCGGGUGGACAUCACGACGCUGACGCCGCGGAUGCCGCUGCGAAUCGUCACCUUCAACGUGCGGUACGCCACGUCCAGUCCGGUCCGGGGCGAGAAGCCGUGGAGCGUGCGAGGCUCCAAGCUGAUCAACGAGCUCAACUUCAUCACCGCCGGCCACGAAAACGCCUUUCUGACCUUCCAGGAGGUGCUGUACGACCAGCUGCAGGACAUCCGCCACGGCCUGGGCCCGUCGUGGGCCUCCAUCGGCAGAGGCCGCGACGACGGCGAGAAAAAGGGCGAGUUCUCCCCCGUCUUCUACCGCUCCGACGUCUGGCGCCUCGAGCGCUCCCAGACGCGCUGGCUGAGCGAGACGCCUGAGAAGCCGUCGUACGGCUGGGGCGCCAGCCACCGGCGAGUCGUCGUCAUGGGCGAGUUCUCCCACAAGGUCACCGGCACAAAGGUCGUCGUCAUGAGCACGCACUUUGACUACCAGCACAAAAAGGCCCGCCUGCACAGCGCCGAGCACCUCCUGCAGUACGCCCGCGACUGGAGCACGGCCAACGACACCUCGGCCGUGCUCAUUGGCGGCGACUUCAACAGCACGCCCGAUGACGUGGCCUACAAGCUCAUGACGGCGCCGGGAUCUGGCAUGUACGACGUUUCGGAUCUGCUGCCCGAGGAGAAGCACCACGGCAACCGCCUGACGUACACCAGCUUCGGCGAGCCCAACGAGUGGCCACAACGAAUCGACUUUCUCUUCAUCCAGGAGCCCGUCACUGCUAUUGUCAAGACGUUUAGCGUGCUGGAAAACGUCUUUGACGAUAGGAUCCGCGUGUCUGAUCACAGGCCUGUUGUGGCGGACUUGGAAAUUGUGGUCGACCCUUCAGCGUGAAAAGGUGAAUGAUGGGGAAAAAAAAAGGGAUUUGAAAUGUGAUGUUUUCUUUUUGUGUGAUGACUCAACGUCUCGUUUUUUUGUCGGAGAAAUUUAACAAAGAUACCCGGAGCGUGCUUUUUGAAGAGGCAUAGUCUCCAAGCAAAGGAGUUAUGAGCUUUAUACCCUCUAACCAUG